AAGUUGACGAUUUUGCAUCUAAAGAUUAUCAUCCCCGAGGGCUGAGAAUGGUUGUGUUGGCAAGGUGCUGCAAACCCUUUCUCCCGCCAUAUCUAUCCCCUCUUUCUCUCUCCGAAAUCCCACUUCAAUUCUAUUCUCCAUUCUCAAACAAAAUCAGAAACUAUGCAAUCAACAAAAGGGUUCGUUUCUUUUGUUCAAUGGGUUCUUCUCAAGCCUCAAUUAAUGGUAACAAUGGCAAUAAUAAUUGGGUUGGUAGUUCCAAUAAUCAGCAAUUAGAGGGUGCAAUCAAGAAAGAUUUGUGGGUGUAUAAUACAAUGAGUAGGAAAAAAGAGAUUUUUAAGCCUAAAGUAGAUGGAAAAGUGGGAAUGUAUGUUUGUGGAGUUACUGCUUACGAUUUCAGCCAUAUUGGUCAUGCUAGAGCUUAUGUUACAUUUGAUAUUCUUUACAGGUAUCUCAAGUAUCUGGGCUAUGACGUCUGUUAUGUUCGAAACUUCACUGAUGUUGAUGACAAGAUAAUUGCCAGAGCCAACGAAGUGGGGGAGAAUCCAAUAUCUCUUAGCAGACGUUUUUGUGAUGAAUUUCAUCAAGACAUGUCAUAUCUUCAUUGUUUACCUCCUUCUGUAGAACCUCGUGUCUCGGAUCACAUGCCGCAAAUUAUAGACAUGAUUAAGCAGAUUGUUGAUAAUGGCUUUGCCUAUGGUGUGGAUGGGGAUGUCUAUUUCUCUGUGGAAAAGUUUCCUGAUUAUGGACGAUUGUCUGGACGAAAAUUGGAGGACAAUCGAGCUGGUGAGCGGGUAGCUAUUGAUUCGAGAAAGCGCAAUCCAGCUGAUUUUGCAUUAUGGAAAUCUGCCAAAGAAGGAGAGCCCUUUUGGGAGAGUCCAUGGGGUCCUGGAAGACCUGGUUGGCAUAUUGAAUGCAGUGCUAUGAGCUCUGUAUAUUUGGGUUACUCUUUUGACAUACAUGGUGGUGGGAUGGACCUUAUGUUUCCUCACCAUGAAAACGAAAUUGUUCAGAGCUGUGCUGCAUGUUGUGAAAGUAAUAUACGCUACUGGGUGCAUAAUGGAUUUGUCACAAUUAAUUCAGAAAAAAUGUCCAAAUCUCUUGGAAACUUCUUCACAAUUCGGCAGGUAAUAGAACUUUAUCACCCGCUUGCUUUGAGACUCUUUCUCAUGGGAACCCACUAUCGAUCUCCAAUAAAUUACUCUGAUGUAUUAUUAGAGAGUGCGUCAGAACGCAUUUUCUACAUAUACCAGACAUUACAAGACAGUCAAGCUCUUCUGAGCGAGUAUGGGAGAGCUAAUUUAAAGGACUCAAUACCCCAGGAUAUUGUUAGUUGCAUCAAUGAUUUGCAAAAUAGUUUUGUGAUUUCGAUGUCAGAUGAUCUUCAUACACCUGUUGUUCUUGCUGCACUUUCUGACCCAUUGAAGACUAUCAAUGAUCUUCUUCAUACUCGCAAGGGAAAGAAGCGUGAGCUUCGAGUAGAAUCACUUGCAGCUUUAGAGAAGACAAUCAAGCAUGUGCUGACUGCUCUUGGGUUGAUGCCAUCAAGUUAUUCAGAGGCUCUACAUCAGCUUAGAGAGAAGGCUUUGAAACGCGUGAAGUUUUCAGAAACUGAAGUUCAGCAAAAGAUUGAAGAGAGAGACAUGGCAAGGAAGAACAAAGAAUAUGAGAAGUCUGAUGCAAUUAGGAAAGAGUUGGCUGCUGUGGGAAUUGCUCUGAUGGACAGCCCAGAAGGGACGACCUGGAGACCUGUGGUUCCUACUGCACUACAGCAAGAGCCAGUUAUGGCUAAUUGAGUCAAUGUAUAACGUGAUUUUUUUAUACCAUAUUAGUUGAUCAACAAUUACUAUCCAAGGAGACAAAGGAUUCAGAAUAUUGGGAAAUCCGCUUUAUGAUCAAAUCAGUCUUCUUGUGAGGAGACCUGGGGAUAAUCAUAGGAUGUGGAAAUUAGCACUAUUGUGACGAUGAUUAUAUUUUUUCCCCCUACAUUAUGGAUUUUCAAGAGCUUAUGGUGUGUAUUUGAGUGAAUAAAGCAACCAUCAUUUUUACCAUUUUA